AAAGAUCUUGUAUUGAAGCAUUGAAUUAAAAAUUUAUAAUAAAAAUGAGUUUUUGUAAUAAAGUGGUGUUAAUUACUGGCGCUGGUUCCGGAAUCGGAGCUGCAACUGCUAUAGCGUUUUCAAAACAAUCCGCUAAACUUUCAUUAGUUGAUAUAAAUGAAAAAGAUUUAAACAAAACUGCCGAAAUAUGUAAAACAAACGAAGUAUUAAAAGUAGUAGCUGAUUUAGCAAGAGAUGAAGAUAUUAAACGAAUCUUUGAUGAGACUAUAGCAAAGUAUGGAAAAUUGGAUAUACUUGUUAACUGUGCUGGUACGUAUAUGCCAUCGAACAUAGAAAGUGAAAAUUUAAUGAAGAUCUACGAUCGUAUUCAAGCUGUUAACUUAAGAUCUAUUGUUGCGUUAACUAAUUGUGCUGUUAACGCAAUAAUUGAAGCUAAAGGUUCAGUGAUUAGCAUCUGCAGUGUAUCAGCUAAACUCACAACAAAGUAUAAUAUUCCGUAUAGUGUUUCUAAAGCAGGAUUGUUGCAUUUUACUAAAUGUGCAGCUAUAGAAUUAGCAGAUAAAGGAGUUAGAGUGAACUGUAUAUCACCAGGAGUUGUUAAAACGAAUAUAUUCCAGAGUUCCGGUUUAAAUGAGAAAGAAAUCUCAAUGUGUUUGGAUACGUGUGUUGAUAGUACACCUCUAGGAUCUAUGAUACAGCCUGAAGAAAUAGCAGAUAUGGUUUUGUAUCUAUCAAGUGAUAAAGCAAGGAAUAUAACGGGUACAGACUAUGUAGUUGAUGGUGGCAUGCUUCUAAACGGACUUAUUGUCCUUCGCUAA